CCAGUUCUCCCAACCCCAGGAGAGAACAAGGGGAAGGAAAAGAGAGAGAAACCGAGAGAGCCCAAGGGUUUCGGUUCGGGGCGAGAAAUGAAGGAUCCCUUCGAGGCCGCCGUCGAGGAGCAAGAAUCUCCUCCGGAAUCGCCGAUCCCGCCGGAGGAGGAAGCCGGCGGCCCAUCGGCUGCGGCCGACGGCGACGAGGAGGAGGUCGAAGCGCGGUCGCAGCCCGCUGCCUCGGCACCCUUGUCCGCCGCUGCCGGCGGGGGGAGGGCGAAGGAGGAAGAUGAGGAGGAGGAGGAGGAGAACAUGGAGGAGCUCAGCAAGAUUCCCUCCGGCGGCGACCCCGACAAGCUGGCCAAGAUGCAGGCCAUUCUAUCCCAAUUCACGGAGGAGCAAAUGAGUCGUUACGAGUCAUUUCGGAGGUCUGGUUUUCAGAAAGCUAACAUGAAAAGGCUAUUAACAAGCAUCACUGGAACUCAAAAGAUUUCUGUACCCAUGACAAUCGUGGUGUCAGGAAUAGGAAAAAUGUUCGUUGGAGAGCUCGUGGAGACAGCUAGAAUAAUCAUGACAGAAAGAAAAGAGAGUGGGCCCAUCAGGCCUUGUCACAUCAGAGAAGCAUAUAGAAGAAUGAAGCUUGAAGGGAAGAUACCAAGGCGAUCGGUUCCAAGGCUCUUCCGGUAGAGGAGUUCAGAUUAUUAUUCGGUGGAUUUCGUAGGUUUUUGUCUAGUGAUGCCAGGCCAACAUUUUCUUGUGCAUGAUGGCUUCUGCUUAGCAAAUGCUGCAUCUUUGGUGGCAUUAGCGUAGAAAUGCAUGGUUUAUGCACUUUUGAUGAUUUCUACUUAUAGGUAUCUGCUGGAGUAAAAUGCAAGACCGAGUAUUAGUUGAAUGUUGUUUCAGGAAAUGUGAGGCUUAUCUUGAUGCAUCCUUCGUGGCUUGUGGGCUAGUUAAGAUGAAUCUUCCAUAAUGUUUUCAUUAGCAAUGAUUUCUUGUAGAGGCCAGUGAUUCAGUUCUCUUAUGUACUAAAAAUCUUCUCUUAAGUAAUCUUCUCUGACUGCAAGCUAGCAAUGUGCAUGGUUUCUAAUGUA